AUGGGACCAUCAAACCAGGAAAGGAACCCACAGGCGCCGUUGCGUUUACUAUCCCUAGAUGGGGGAGGUGUGAGAGGACUGUCGUCCCUGAUGGUGCUCGAGGAUCUGAUGCAAAGUAUUGCCCUCGAGGAGAAACGGCUGGGUCGUCGUGCUCAGAACAAUCAUGAGCCCCUGAAACCUUGUGACUACUUUGAUCUCAUCGGUGGCACAUCAACAGGCGGAAUCAUAGCAAUCAUGCUCUCUCGGUUACGGUUGGACUGUAAGCAAUGCAUCUCAGUCUACAGCAAAUUAGCCCAGCAAAUCUUCAAGCGAGAUCGAUGUUUCAAGGCGUUUGGCUUGAAAAUCCCCACAGGUGCCACCAGGUUCUCGGGUGCUGUUUUGGCGAAUGCAAUCAAGACCGCACUCAAAGAUCUGGGCUAUGAUGAGAACGAAAAAAUGUGGGACGAAGCUCUGUUCGAAGAAGUAACAGAGGUGAACGAUCUACCGGCGGAUAGCAUCUGGAAGGAUACUGCCUCGGAGUUGUUGCUCACCGAAAGUCCCACGGCCACUCACAAGGCCGCCGUGGGCGCACUGGCUUCUGGUCCCUCUGCAGAACAUAAGUCUUCUCACACAUCACUGCCAUCGUCGACCUUGUACAGUGACAGUCCCUUUACGCCAAAGAAGCUUCCUUCCCGGAGCGAGACAUGGAAACUACACCCGCGGCAGUCUGUCCAUAGGAAGGCCAACGUCGCAGGCUGUCGUGGCUUUGUCCUCACUUCGCUCAAGAAUGCAUUAGGUCUUCCCAGAAUCUUGACCACAUAUGACCCCAACGAUCAGACGACCCGUAUCUGGGAAGCGCUGAGAGCGACAUCAGCCGCACCUACAUUCUUCGAAGAGAUGCAGUUCGGCACCCCCAAAGUCACCUAUCUGGACGGCGGCGUAGGCUUCAACAACCCUUGCGCCGAAGUCAAUUAUGCAGCGAAAGCUCUCUGGGAAGGACGCUCGAUCGGUAUCAUUGUGUCAGUGGGUACAGGUCUUCAGAGCAUACCGAGCGUGAAGAAGAUUGCGUCAUGGCUGCCCUUUGGCCUUGGAACAGACAUCUCUCUUGCUUCUGCACUUGCAGGCAUGGCUACGAGCACUGCUCGAGUCGACAAUGAGAUGAAGCGCAUGUACAGCGACACCGACACAAAAUACUACCGCUUCGACGUCGAUCGGGGUCUAGCAGACAUUAGCCUUGAACAAUGGAUGAAGGAAGACGAAACGGCCUCCUUGACAGAGCAAUACAUGAACGACGGACAACAACUUCGCCGCACACGCGAGUUUGGCGAAAUCAUGGCAAAACUCUCUGCCCUUCCUCCCAAAUUUGAAAUCAGUCCCCGACACUUCAGACUCGGCAUUGAAGGCCGCGGGCUCAUGGACCAGUCCUUCGAGAUCCGCCGCCUCGAUUUUAAAACAGGCAUGCCGCUCGGCGUUGCGAGUUCCCUCGCAGACAUCCCUCGCAUGUCGCAGUUCCGCAACUCUUCGCCCUCUGGAGAAGGCGGAUUGAGCAUCGACAGCGCUGGCCGCGUCAAGGGAAUUUACCCUGUCCCCGAGGAUCUCGAUCUCGACGGUCGCCGCCAAGAGGCAGCCGUACAUCAGUGUAUGAAGGCCGACAACAUCUGCCUCCGCGCUAUCAAAACGGGCAUCCCGCCAGGGAAAUACAAGGUGCAAUUCAUCAUCGCCUUGCACGAAAGCCAGCACACCCCACCGCACAACCUCGUGUGUAGCGUGGGGAAACCCCUCGAUCCAGCAACGUUUACAACGCGUUUUGUCGAUGUCAAGAUCACGCCUGAUAUCGCUGCCGUGCUACUGCAUCCCGAUGCUGUGCGCGUACGGCUAGGCAAAGAGCGCUACGACGAGUUCAAGGGACAAGGUUGGCUGGAGGUUGAAGGCGAUAUUGCCGUGCCUGUCGGUCUGGACGGCGCGUUGGGGUUCAUUGUGAGUAAGAAGUUCAAGGAAGGCGUGUUUGUGGAUGGCUGGAGUUUUGGCGGUGUCAGACUGGAGCCGGUGUUUGCGUAA